GUUCCACUUAGAUUUUGCACUCACUUGGCACUGGCGUAUCGUACCAAGUCUUCCACCAACAUUACUACGGUACAAGUUGAACUUAUUCAAUAAAGCUAAUAAAACUCCUAAGGUUACUAAGGGUACUAAGGGCGAUAAAUUCACAAAGGACAAUAAGUGGAAUAAGUGGAAAAA